GCGGGACAACUGAUGACACAAAGGGUCUGUAUCUCCUGAGCGCGGGUUCCUAAAACUCUUCUGGAGGAGGUAACCUGUUUAAGACCAUAAAUAUGUCACAUAACUAACAGAACGUGAUUCGGUCGAUUUGUUCAGUUUGAUUUAUUUGUGCAACUGAAGAGAGAAGCGCAUUAGGGCAGCGAUGGAGAUGGAGCUAUCAACAGAUGUGGAGAAACUAUCUGAAACCAGCGAAACUCAAGAUAUUGAUACGGAUGAUCUGCUAGAGUUAAAUCAGUUCGACGGACUCCCUUUUUCUUCAAGAUAUUACAAACUAUUAAGAGAAAGAAAAGGUCUGCCGGUGUGGGGAGCGAAAUGCGAGUUUAUGGACAGUUUGAUGAGCAGCCAGAUUGUGAUAGUUACUGGCACAGCUAAAACAGGACAAAGCACUCAGAUCCCUCAGUGGUGUGCAGAGUUUUGCCUGUCUGCGCAGUAUCAGAACGGCAUGGUAGUGUGCACUCAGAUUCAUCAACAGAGUACGGUGGAACUGGCCCUCCGUGUGGCUGAUGAAAUGGACGUCAACAUCGGCAGUGAGGUUGGAUACAGCAUCCCACUUCAGACCUGCUGCUCCCCUGACACUGUACUGAGAUACUGCACAGAUGAUGUGUUGCUCCGGGAGAUGAUGUCGGACCCCCUCUUGGAGCAGUGUGGCGUGGUGGUCAUUGAUCAGGCCCACGAACGCACCGUCAGCACAGACCUGCUCCUCGGGCUGCUCAAAGACGUGCUCCUCGCACGGCCAGAGCUCAGGCUGGUCAUCCUCACCGCCUCUCGCUCCGCUGAGAAACUGCUACGUCACUAUGGAAGCGUUCCUCAGAUCCGGCUGGAUGGGCCGCAGCCGUGCGAGGUCGUGUACGGUAGUGGGAGAGGAGGUGUGAAGGAUUACCUCUGCUCUGCUCUUAGACUGGCUCUGGAGAUACAUCAGAAUCAAAAGCAUGGAGACAUUGUGACAUUUCUGGCAACUGAGCAAGAGAUUGAAUGUGCCCAUGCCAUUUUGCGGAGAGAGGGUGCCAAUCUUGCAUUUUCUCAUGGCGAGCUGGUGCCUGUGUCUCUGUGUCCUGAGCAAGGAGACAGUCCCUCAGUGAUCUCUGAGGACAGCAAGAGUAGGAGAGUCUUCCUCACCUGCAGCCCCAGUGAAGACUUGUUCUGGGCCGUUCACAGCAUUCGCUUUGUGAUUGAUGCUGGAGUGCAAAAAAGAUAUGUGUACAAUCCUAGAAUCAGAGCCAAUUCCAUUGUUAUUCGUCCUAUCAGCAAGAGCCAAGCUGAGAGCCGCAAACAACUUGCAGGCCCAACAGGCAAGUGUUUCUGUUUGUAUCAAGAGGACACAUCACUUCCUGCUGAGAGCGUCCCUCAUAUUCUUGAGUCUGACAUCACUUCCACUGUGCUCUUCCUGAAGCGCAUGGAAAUUGCUGGCCUGAGCCACUGCGACUUCAUUGACAGACCAGAUCCAGAAGGCCUGAUGCAAGCUUUAGAGGAACUUGACUAUCUUGCUGCUUUGGAUGAUGACGGAAAUCUGUCCGAGAUUGGAAUUAUCAUGUCAGAGUUUCCUCUGGAGCCACAGAUGGCUAAGACUUUGCUUGCGUCUUGCGAAUUUGACUGUGUGAGUGAAGUGCUGACCAUCGCUGCCAUGCUCACAGCUCCGAGCAGUUUCCUUACACCCCCAGUGGAACUGAGACAGAAGGCCUUACUGUGUCAUCAGAGGUUCCAGCAUGCAGAAGGAGACCACUUCACCCUUAUUAACAUCUUUAAUGCUUUCAAAUAUGCUAAGGAAGGGCCAUACUCUAAUGUGGAACGAUGGUGUGAAGACCAUUUCCUCAGUCUGUCUGCUCUUCAGACGGCGGAUGCGAUACGCUCUGAGUUAACAGAAAUCCUGAAACGGCUAGAGCUCCCAGUGUCUUUACCUGCCUUUGGCUCUAAAAGCAACAGCCUGAACAUCAAACGUGCCCUACUAGCUGGCUUCUUCAUGCAGGUGGCGAGGGACAUUGACGGGUCAGGGAAUUACUUCAUGCUGACCCAUAAACAUGUGGCUCAGAUCCACCCGCUGUCUGGCUACGGAACCGAGAUGCACAAGAAGAACCUGCCAGAAUGGGUUCUGUACCAUGAGCACACGCUGUCAGAGAACAACUGCAUCAGAACCGUCUCUCAGAUCUCAGCACAUGAGUUCAUUCAGAUGGCGCCGCAGUACUUCUUCUACAACCUGCCACCUAGCGAGAGUAAAGACCUACUGCAGCACAUUAUCGAUCACGGUUCAGCUGCCCCAUCUAAAGGCAAAAGAAAAUCCCAGACCCCCAGCAGCCCUGCCAGUGAAGAGCAGAGCCAUGAGCGCUGUACCAUACAAUGACUGAGGAAAUAGAAUGCCUCGCCACGUUCUUACCAUGACAACAAACAAACUGCUGGUCUGUUACACAGUAACCUUGGUAUUUCUGAGGCACAACGAGGAAUCCAAAUUAGUUUGACUGAUAAUCAAUAAUGAUGAAAAGAAAAGAUGUAAUCUGUUGCUUAAAUUCAAAGGGCAGGGGGGAAAACAUUUAGUGUGCCCCCUUUUCACAGCACCGGGGAUAAUGCUUCUAAGUAAUAGCAGUUUGUACAGUUUGUCUUCUCUCUGCUGAAUUAAUAGCAAUUUAAAUAACCUACUGCUGUGCAGUAGUUAAUGAAUAAACUGUCAGUGACUUUAUGGUGUCUAAAAUGUGCUUUUUAAACUGUAGCUACUAGUUAGCAUUUUAAAUAAUAUAUAAAAAUAGAAUGCAGUUUAGCCAUGUAAAUCAUAGUUUCAUUGGACAUUAAUUUCCUUUUUGCCUUGAGUGUGCUUCCCAUUGGCUAGUGAAUAGGUGUUUUGUUUUUUUGUUUUGUUUUUUUGUAUAUGUAUUUAUUUGCAAGUAGGGGUGCACGAUAAAUAUCGGCCGAUAAUUAAUGCGCAUCUCGUCAGUAAAGCCGGUUCUCUAAUUAGCGGUAAUUUCCAUCAGGUGCAGAGCAGCUGUUACUACACAGAGCCGUUCUUAACUGACAAGCUGCGCAAACCCACGUUCAUUAUCAGCAUGGAUCUGAGCAGCUUGUCAGUUAACUACGGCUCUGUGUAGUAACAGCUGCUCUGAUGGAAAUUACCGCUAAUUAGAGAACCGGCUUUACUGACUAGAUGCGCAUUAAUUAUCAGCCGAUAUUUAUCAUGCAACCCUAAUUGCAAGGAAUUUGUUCAGCUAAUAUAAUAAUUUUUUUAUAAUUAAUCUCAAAUUCACUGUGAUAGUUUGUAUAAAAUAAGUUUAAAAAGUUUUUUUUUUUUUGGACAUGGUUUAUUUUUUUUAAACUUCGUAUACUGAAUAAAGUCCAAAAAUUAUCUAGUCUGAAAUUAUCUAGAACUUAAUUAAUCAUAUCUAUUAUAUGUUGUUACAUAUAUAACAUAUAACAGAUAUCACUGCAACUUUAGAUGCUGAUAAUAUUAAUUCAUGUUUCACAUCACAUUGAACACUGAAGACGUAAAUCAAAGGUGUCAUUUUAAAACAUAAGCAGAAAAUGGUGACUUUUUAUUUAGACGCUUCCUGUGGUGAAUGUGUUAAAGUCACAGGUUAAAGUUUUAUGAUUAUGUUGAAAAUUGAUGUAUGAUGUAGAUAUACGUUUGAUUCAAUAAAAGCCAGAGUCUUGUAUCACUGUUUUAAUGUUUCAAUGGUUGUAAUGUAUCGUCACGCAGCUGGUAACUAACUACAGAUCAAGUUCACUCAUUAGUUCACUCAGAUGGCAGAGUGGACGCGACGCUUGCAGUUUGUAAACAAAGGUUUUGAUUGGUCAAAUGAAUGUCGACGUCAUCCACAACACUGGUAGACGCGUCACAUACUUGCAGCGCGUACUUUUCGCUGAGUAUGAGAGCCAUGUAGUUUUUCGUUGCGUCGCUGUUAGCAACAAAUGCAGUAUUAAAUCUAAUAAUCCAAAAAGAAGACUUUACGGAUGUAAGAUGUUUUUGCUUGUUAUUUUUUUCUAAAAAGUCUAUUUUAUCUUGUUAUUAUAUAUUAUCAGCUACUCAAAUAGUCUGUCAGCGCUUGUAGGGAUGUGGAAAUUGGCAUAUUUCACAACGAAAGCGUGAAAAUGUUUCAUCUGAAAAAUGGGCAUAUCAAAAAGCAGAAUGAAAAAAGUCUCACCUGUGUCAGUGACAGAGGAAACCAUCUGUAGCAGCGGCGUUCACCGGGAUGAAAGCCAGUUGUUUGGUCCCUCAAACACCAGAGUUUCAGAUCUGCGUGUGUCCGUCAGAAGAAGAGCCCAGGCAGACUGUAACAGUGAGGGGCAGGACUCUGAGUUUUCAGCCGACGAUCUCGCUGAGAAAGUGGACAGAAUCCUCGCUGAGUGUGACAACACUGAUAUAUCACUCAGCAGGACUUCUUAUAAGAUGCCAAUGUUUGGAUCGAAGUCUUUGGGGCUUUACUACUACGCCAAACGCCAAGACUGCAACAGCGUUUACAGUAGCAGCACACGUCACAACAAUGAAAUGAACACAGUGAACAUAUCAACUUCCAUUCAUAAAAAGGUCAGGCCUCCACAGGACCUACUAAACUGUGCCAGCAUAGAGAGCACAGCAACAGCUUUAGUUUCUGGAAUUGGUAGUGGUUCAUCUGUGGCCUUGCCUAUCAUGUAUGAUGCUUCAGAAGAGGACCUCAUGAACACAAUCGAGAGGGAGUUCGGUUAACAACCACGAUGAUCUUCUGAGACAACAAA